ACGACACAACUCUACCGCUGACCAAGCGGCCGCGUUUGCCAACGUUUUAGCUGUAGAAAUUUUCACCAAGUAUUUUUAGCCAAGUUGUGGUUUGGUUUUGAAUCAGUGCAUCAAGGAUGCCGGACAGCGAACCUGAUAGCGACUCGAGCAACAGCUCCAGAAGUAGCAACAGCAGCAGCAGCGAUUCCACAAGCAGCGGCUCCGGCAGCGCCAGCGACGCAGGCAGCAGCAGUCGGCCAAGUGAGAAAGAAGAAGCGACUUUGGAGCGGAAGUCGGAUGAGAGUGAAGCAACUGUUAAAGAAGCGACAAGUAACGAUACAGAUGAGAAGAAACCAAGUGAUGCAGAUGCGAAAGAUGAGCAGCAAAAGCAGCUGCAAAAACCAGUUGACAACAACAAAAAAACCGCAAGCAGCGCUGCUGACACGUCUGAGCUGAAAGAAGAAGCAGCCAAUGCGGAAAAAUCGGUUGAAAGGGAAAAGGAGGAGGUGAAGAAGGUUGAAGAGAGCAAUUCGGUUGAAAACAAAACACAAGCAGAGCUGGCAGAACAGGAACAGCCUAAGAAGCAACAGAAAGAUGAACAGGAGCAAGAGCAGGAGUCAACGCCAGUGACCACAAAUGGCAAUGUAGCCCCAGAUGCGACAGAUGCGCCAGUUCUUGCUGUCAACUCACCAAGUAACGUGGAGGAAGGCGAAAUUACCGAUAAGGAAGACGAUGCUGCAGAGGAAUCAGCAGCAGCAACAGGAGAAGAAACUGCCGCUAACAAGGACAGCAAGAAGGAGAAGGAGGUCAAGUCGCCGACUGAGGAAUUAACCACUAAACCACCGAAAAUUGCCAGCGAGGUGCGACGACGCAGUCACAGUCGCGAUGAGGAGAAGUCACGACAACGACGUCGUCAUUCCAGCCGCAGUCGGAGUCGCAGUCGUUCACCGCGCAAUCGGCGACGUCGACGGACGCACACACGUAGUCCACGUAGCCGUAGUGUGAGUCCAAUACGAAGGCGUUCCAGUUCACUGGAGCGAAGACGCGUGGAGCGUGAGAAGCGGCAUGAAGAGCGUGCCAAGCAGGAUGAGGAGAGACAACGGGAGCGGGAAAAGCGUCAUCAGCACCGGCGACGUGAUGAGCCCCCAAGGAAGGAUCGAGAGGCGAGUCCAAAGACCACUUCGCCCGCCGCUGAGAACGCUGACAACGCCACAGUCAGCGAGCCGACGGCAAAGAUCAGCGAACGACAGCGGCGCACUGUGGAUUUGCUCACAUCUCGCACUGGCGGUGCCUACAUACCUCCAGCCAAGCUGCGGAUGAUGCAGGCCGAGAUCACGGACAAGGCAUCGGCGGCGUAUCAGCGCAUCGCUUGGGAGGCACUCAAAAAGUCUAUACAUGGUUACAUCAACAAGGUGAACGUGACGAAUAUUGCGAUCAUCACCAGAGAACUGCUCCGGGAGAACAUUGUGCGUGGUCGUGGUUUACUUUGUCGCAGCAUCAUCCAAGCCCAGGCAGCUUCUCCCACAUUCACACAUGUCUACGCCGCCCUCGUGGCCAUCAUCAACUCCAAGUUUCCCAAUAUUGGUGAGCUGCUGCUCAAGCGUUUGGUCGUCCAAUUUAGACGCGCUUUUCGACGAAAUGACAAGAUGGUCUGCAUGUCGGCAACUCGCUUCAUUGGCCACUUGGUUAAUCAGCGAGUGGCACAUGAAAUAUUGGCACUGGAGAUGCUCACGCUGCUCGUUGAGAUGCCCACCGAUGAUUCCGUUGAGGUGGCCAUUUCAUUUUUAAAAGAAUGCGGCAUGAAGCUCACGGAGGUCUCCUCCAAGGGCAUUGGUGCCAUCUUUGAGAUGCUGCGCAAUAUUCUGCAUGAGGGAAAACUGGACAGACGCGUGCAGUACAUGAUUGAGGUGCUGUUCCAGGUGCGCAAGGAUGGAUUUAAGGAUCAUCCGGCCAUUGUCGAUGAUCUGGAGCUCGUUGAGGAAGAUGAUCAAUUUACGCAUCUCAUGAUGCUGGACGAGGCCACCGAAACUGAGGACAUACUAAAUGCCUUUAAAUUUGAUGAGGACUUUGCGGAGAAUGAAGAUAAAUACAAGGCGCUGAGCUGUGAGAUUUUGGGCAGCGAUGCCAGUGGUUCCGGCAGUGGCUCCUCUGGCUCUGGUUCGGAUUCAGGCAGCGAUUCAGAUGGCGAAUCUGGCUCGGGAGCAGAGGCGGAUGCUGAGAAGACAACGGCUGGAGAUAUUAUAGACAACACGGAGACGAAUCUGAUUGCACUGCGUCGCACCAUUUAUCUGACCAUAAAUUCAAGUUUGGACUAUGAGGAGUGUGCCCACAAGCUGAUGAAGAUGCAACUGAAGCCGGGCCAGGAGGUGGAACUCUGUCACAUGUUCCUCGACUGCUGUGCCGAGCAGCGUACCUAUGAGAAGUUCUAUGGCCUGUUGGCGCAACGUUUCUGUAGCAUUAAUAAGAUCUAUAUUCCGCCGUUUGAGGAGAUAUUUAAGGACACGUAUCAGACGACGCAUCGCCUGGACACGAAUCGCUUGCGUAAUGUGAGCAAAUUCUUUGCUCACUUGCUUUUUACGGAUGCGAUCAGCUGGGAUGUGUUGGAGUGCAUUCAACUGAAUGAGGAUGAUACGACGUCAUCCAGUCGCAUAUUCAUCAAGAUAUUGUUCCAGGAGUUGGCUGAAUAUAUGGGAUUGGGCAAGCUGAAUGCCAAGCUCAAGGAGGAUGUGCUGCUGGACAGUCUGGCCGGGUUGUUUCCCAAGGAUAAUCCUAGAAAUACACGCUUCUCCAUUAACUUUUUCACCUCCAUCGGCUUGGGUGGCCUGACGGAUGAUUUGAGACGCUUCUUGAAGAAUGCGCCCAAAGCGGUGCCAGCCAUUAAUGCUGAGAUCCUGGCCAGUGGCAAUCCCUUCAAGGAUCCCUCAGCCGCGGACGCAGCACCCGACGCGAAAUCAUCUUCCUCAUCCAGCAGCAGCAGCUCCAGCAGCGAAGAGGACAACAGCAGCGAUGAGGAUAGCGACAGUGAGUCGAGUUCCAGCUCCGAGUCCAGCGAACCGGCGCGUAAAAAGCACAGCAAGAAAAAGAAGAAGCCCAAAAAGCAGCGCAAGGCCAAAAAGUCCAAGGACAAGAAGAAGGAAAAGAAGUCCGACAAGGAGAAAAAGAAGUCCGAUAAGGAGAAGGAAAAGGAGAAGAAAAAGGCAGCUGAAAAGAAAUCGAAACACAAGCGUAAACGUGAGGAGAGCAGCAGCUCCAGCAGCAGCAGCAGCGAUGAGGACAGCGACGGCACCUGCUCCUCCUCCGGCUCAUCCUCCAGCAACAGCAGCGACAGCGAUGUUCCCGAGCCACAGGCCAAAAUCCAACGCAAGGAGAACAACAACAACAGCAACACCCACAAAACAAAAUCGAGAAGCAAACGUCUAGAGAGCGAUGAGUUUAAUCUGGAAGGUCCCAUUGGAUCACCACCUAAGCGUCAGCAGCAUAAUGGACAUGGCGGCCAGGGAGAAAAUGAGCGCAGACGGGAGGCAACUCCUGAUGAAAGGCAGCUGGACCGGGAGCGAGAGCGGGAGAAGGAGAGGGGACGUGAGCGAGAGCGAGAACGUCGUGGACGACGUGCCGAGCAUGAUGACGGACGCAGCAAACGUGGGCGGGAAAGUGAACGUGAGAAUGUACGGGAAAAUGAACGUGACAAAGGCAGAGAAAAUCAACGUGACAAAGGAAGGGACAGAGAUCGCGACGGAGAAAGGGAGAAAGAGCGCGAUCGGGAUAGGGAAAGGGUACGCAACAGAGAUAGGGAAAGGGAGCGGGAAAAGGAACGUGAACGAGAGCGUGACCGGGAGAGGAAUCGUGAACGCGACUCACGAAAUAACGCGCGAAGGGAGCGAGAACGACGCGAUUCUCCACGUCGUCAUCAUCAUCAUAGGCGCAGCGUGUCCAAGGAGCGAGGUUGACUCCACAAAUAAAUGAAAAUCCCCAUUGCAUUUCUCGUUUAAUCCGUCAACUGUGUACAAAGCAACGAUCUAAAAGCUAGAGCAACAAUUGUAAAUGUACAAACAAAAAAAUAUAUAAAAGCAUCAACAAAAUACAAAAACUUUCAU